AUGACGGCCAUGUGGAUCGCCACCAGCCUGCUUGUCUGGGGCCUCGUCCGCCCGCCCAGCUUUCUGCAUGCCCUCGCCGUCGGUGCGUGCGUGACGCCCACCGACCCCGUGCUGUCUGCCGUCAUCGUCAAGGGCAAGUUUGCGGACCAGAACAUCCCCAAGGAUCUGCAGAACCUCAUCAUCGCCGAGUCCGGCACCAACGACGGCCUGGGCUACCCGUUCUUGUUCUUCGCCCUCUACCUCAUCAAGUACGUCGGUGCGGGGGCCACUGAGGGAAAUGCUGGCGACGCCAUGGGGCUUUGGUUCGGCUUCACGUGGGGUUACACCAUCAUCCUGAGCAUUCUAUACGGCGCUGUCGUCGGUUGGCUGGGCAAGGAGCUGCUGUUCUGGGCCAAGCAGCGCAACUAUGUCGACCGCGAGAGCUUCCUCGUCUUCGCCAUCGCGCUCGCCCUCUUCGUGCUCGGCACAUGCGGCCUCAUUGGCACCGACGACGUGCUUGCCUGUUUCAUUGCCGGCAACACCUUCACGUGGGACGACUGGUUCCGACUGCAGACCAAGGAUGACUCCCUGCAGCCCACCAUCGACAUGCUGCUUAACGUCACCAUCUUUCUGUGGUACGGGGCCGUUCUCCCGUGGACCCUCUUCGGCGACAAUCCCAUCGUUCCGACCUGGAAGCUCGCCGUGCUGGGCAUCUUGGUCCUCCUGGUGCGCCGCCUACCGUGGGUGUUUGCCAUGCACAAGUGGAUUCGCCAGAUCGAGGAGACCAGGCAGGCCAUCUUUGUUGGCUUCUUUGGCCCCAUUGGAGUCUCUGCCGUUUUCUAUCUAUUCAUCAGCCUCGAGUUCAUCGAGGAGCAUAUGAGUGAUGAGAAUGGUGUCCCGCGUAGAGAUGUCCAGGAUCUCAGUGAAACGAUUCGAAUCGUCGUUUGGUUCCUGACUGUUUGCAGUGUUGUAAGUGUUGUUCACGGCCUGAGCAUCCCGCUUGGAAAAAUCGGAUAUCUCGCGCCUCGAACCUUUGGCCGUGUGCUUAGCGAGAGCUUGAGCGACGAGCCGCGUGCCGUUGAAGCACGGCGCCGGAUCCCCGUCCUCGGCAAAUAUCUCGCAGGAAAGCCAGGUGACGUCGAGUCGAGGCGCCCGAAGCCCCGUCCCGUCAUAUCAGGCCCGACGAACCCUCGCCAGGCCCACCAGGGGACAGCACCCUCGGGUGAAGGGCCGGCAUUGUCUGCGUCCUUGUCCGGUGCAAUCCAGAUGCAGCCAGACUCUGGGACGGCCACGCCCGUCCGCGUCCGCCGAGAUCGGGAGAUUCGGUUCCCGGACGAGGUGUAG